UCAGUCGACAGUCAGCUGUUCCACAGUUCGAUCGUUCAGCUAAGCUAAGCUUUUGAUUUACCCGGCGCCGCUAUCGGUUGUUUCGUUACCGCAGUUUUUCUCUAAUACACUUUUUUUCAAACUAUCCAUUAGAGCCAUGGCUACCUAUGCAGCUUACAGACAUAUCGAACUUGAUAAAGUUGGAUAUGGCAAAAAGAGAAUUCGUAACCAGAGUAGCGAAAUUUUCAACGUCUUGUCUACGUCCAGUGAUUCUCCAAAAUCGAAUGGUCAUCAAACUCCCAGACGAUCUUUACAGAACAAUGACUCGUUCAACAAACUCUUCGGUUCUCCAGACGGAAAGAAACCUCAACCAAGACGCGGAUCAUUAACAAAGCAAGACGUCAACAACCGUAAUCCCGUUACUGGCAAUGGAGUCAUAUCAUGGGAUUGUAAACUAACUAAAUCUCCGAAAGUGUACACAGAACGCAAUCCUGUUACCGGAGAAACUUACACGAUUGUCAGCCCGGCUACUACCCCCACAAAACCAUUGAAAAACGGAUUUCUCAACGGUACAUCCACUCCUAAUCACAAUGGUAAUUCAAGCCCUUUGACGAACGGAAAUGCUACCCUCCUGACCAACGGAAACGGAAUCCACACGCCCAACGGAAAUGCGUAAAAAAUAAAUCAGUUGUCGUUUGAAAAAAAAAAAGCAAGAAAUCCUUUAGAGGUUAUUUCAAAUGACAGCUAGGGAUUUCUUUGUACGAAAUUUCAAAAUCGGUGACUGCUAAAAAAUUUAUUUUAUAUUAAUAAGAAAUUUGAAAUCAAUUACAAAAUGUCAAACUAUCAAAGAAAAUUGCGCCUUAAUACCUAAAAUAGAUUUAUUUGUACACAAUAACAAAAACGCCAUAUGUGUAAUAACCUUAAUAAGUAAACAUUUCUAUGGAGACAAAAGUCAUCAAGUAUUCUACAAUUGUAUAAUUCCAAUUAAAAAUUGAACUAUGCCCAUUAAAUAAUAAUCCAACAAAUACUUACUGGCGUAAAAGUAAAAGUCAUGAAAUUAUUUUUUAGCAGUCCUUGUUUGCUUUACCAAAACAAGAUUCAUGUAUUAACUAUCACUUCAUGCUGCAUUUAAUGUAUGUUUGUUUCUUCAUUUGUAUUUUUUUACUUUUUAUUACAUACUAAUUUUAAUGUACCUACCGUUAAUUCGGCAAAUUGGAACAAAAUUAAAGGAACCACUGUAUUUACAUUACAAAUCUAUCAAACAAUCCAAAUUGUUCCUUAUCUGAUUAUAAUUCUAGUAUCCAAAAAAAAAAACUUCAAAAUUUGCCAAAUUAUCAGUGACUUGGCUUCAUAUCAACCACUUAGUAUUCAAAACCAAAUUUUAGCAAUUUUUAGAACUUUAAUAUAUAGGGUACAUGUUAUAUAUUAUAAGGUUUGAAAAAAUGUACUAUUGAAGCACUAAUAAAUAAUGAACAAAGUAUUUAUCCAGUGCGCAUGCCUUUAGAUAGUUCUCUAUGAUCCUAAUAAUUCCUAUAAGCAUAUUAUUAUUACUAUUAUUAUUCGUGUUUGUUAACUUUAAUCUAUAAUUUUAGUCGUGUUUUUCAUCAUGUUUAUAAUUAUUUAAACCUAUAUUUAGUGUUGAGUUUAUAUAAUAUAGGAAAAUAUAGACGUUUUAUACUA